AUGCGAUACACCACCUGCAACUUGCCCAAUGGCCUCACCUUUACUGUUUCGCCAGUCUUUGGUGGGGUAACCUUCAAAUCCACCGACUUCAAUGUUCAACAGAACCCCACCUUUCCACCGGGAUGGACGAUCAUUAUACACACUGAAAAGCCCCAAAAUGUGACCAAAGUCCCAGGCGCAGACAGUGAGCGCGGCAGUGAUGACGAUAACACGAUCCGUUUCACGACCCCCACCUUGAACCGCGAUUCGCUUUAUAUCUCGUACAUAGUCAACCCGCCGUCUAGUGAAUUCAAGCCCGUGACGUCGCCCACACGCCAGAUUGCCAUGAUGCUGUGGGCGACCAUGUGGUGGUAUUUCCAUGAACCAGAGCCAGAUCUGCACCUCGAGACAGCUGCAUCAAGCAUGACACCCAACUGCGGACGACCCAAAGGCGACUGGCGCAUCAAUAUCAAACGCGAGGGCAUCUUCAAGGGCCGAAACCUGCUCCAAAAGCUCGAACGGAUGGGUUUAAUAACAACUCAAGACUCCUCUGUCGGCCUACAGCCAAUGGAGACAAGAGACUCAAGCAGCUGGUCCAACAUGUUCGUAAGCCGCCGGAGCUUCUGGCAACUCGACCCUCGUCUUUUCCUCUUCACUCUGACACCACGCGCCCCUGGUUCACCAUCUCCGUCGGUGACACCAUACGAGUCACGGCAAUCGUCCCCAACCCCGGGCAGCUUACCCAGCUCAACGACCCUAACACCAACAGAAGCAAAAUUCCACACCGCAAAUGCAGGCUGCUUCACCUCCGCUGGCCCUUUCACAUCAGGAAGCCACCUGCCAACAUACUACCCGCCCGCUCCCACCCAAUACACCUACACCCACGGUGUGCGACACCCAAUGCGUCCGAAACCCCCGCAUCAGGGCGAAGUCUUCUACGUCCGCUACAUCCCCAGCGUGAGCCAGUAUAUCUCAUUCCGAAUCCCAUUUGUGCCCAUGACAAAAACGAUCCCGGUCCCGGUCCAGGACGGUAGCCGCAAUAUCAGUGGUAGUCGACCGGGGACUCCGGUUACAUCGUCUGUCACGAGCAUCGAGCAACAUCUCUCGGCGAACGUCUCCUCCGACGUGGACACCCUGCACAGGUGGAUGAAUGUCCCGCGCGUCGAAGCGAUGUGGUCGGAAGGUGGGCCGAAAUCUGCACAGGAGAAGUUCCUUCUGGCGAAUUUGACGAGCAAGCAUAAAUUCCCGGUUAUUGGAUGCUGGGACGGUAUGCCCUUUGGAUAUUUUGAGAUCUAUUGGGUGAAGGAGGAUCCGUUGGGUCGACUGCUUGAUCGCGUUGAUAACUAUGAUCGAGGAAUUCAUCUGCUUGUUGGUGAGCAGGAGUUCCGGGGUGCGCAUCGGGUUGCGAUUUGGUUGAGCGCUUUGGUUCAUCAUUGCUUCUUGGCUGAUAUGCGCACUGAAGCGGUGUACUUGGAGCCUCGCGUUGAUAAUAUUAAGUAUGUUUCUCCCUCUAUCCUGUUUGAAAUGUUACGUUUGGGUAUGCUGACUUUUUCUUCCUUUUUUUCCCUCAGGCUUAUCAAUUACCUCCAGGAAGCUGGCUUCUAUAAAGAAGGCGAGGUUAGCUUCCCGCAUAAGCAGUCGGCUGUUAUGAAGAUCAAGCGCGAGUUCUGGGAAGCGCCAGCUCUUUAA